AACCCCGCAGCCUAUCAAAGUUGGCGGGAAAACGGCAGUGGAGUAGAAUGGCAGCAACUACUGACUCAACCCGCAGAGGCGCGGCUGCUGUGAGACUGCCGCGGUCUCCGCCGCUCAAGGUACUGGCGAAGCAGCUGCGAUGCGACGUGGAGGGCGCCCCAGGCGCGUGGCGGCUGUCGCGGGCAGCGGCUGGCCUCAGGCCGCUGGAGCUGGCUGCCGUAUGGAUGCAGGGUACCUUGGUGGCGGCGGGCAGCGGCGAGGCACGGCUGCGGGACCCGAGCGGUUCCUUCUCGGUGUGCGGUCUGGAGCGGGUGCCGCGUGGACGGCCCUGCCUGGUCCCAGGAAAGUACGUGAUGGUGAUGGGAGUGGUGCAGGCCUGUAGCCCGGAGCCAUGCCUUCAGGCUGUGAAGAUCACAGAUCUUUCUGAUAAUCCCAUCCACGAAAGCAUGUGGGAACUGGAAGUGGAAGAUUUACACAGGAACAUUCCUUAGAUGACACUGGGACUCUCAUUAAAAACAACCUUCACUCUGAAAUGAUCUCAUUCUGAUGGUGUGGAUUUCACAGACAUCACUCGUGUAUUUUAUUGGUAUUGUAUAUUUCUCAAAAACUUCUCGGAGGGAAUUGCUUGUUUGACGCAGGCAUCUGGAUGCAGGGAUUUUUAAGUGUUAGGAGGCUUCAGUUAACUCAGCCUCCACUGCCCCUUGCUUUGACUGUGUUAGCUGAUGAAAAGCAGAUGCUGUGUGGCUUUUUCCUUCCAUUUAUGUGUGUUAAUUUCUGUCUAAAGUACACAGAAGUGUCAUGUUGCAUUUUCCAAAUUUUACGAGUGAUGAUUCUUUUUCCAUUAUGGCUUCAUCUCUGUCUUACAAUGUAAAACUUGAAUCUCAGUCAGUGUCCAUGGUGAUUAAAGUGUCGUUAGGGCCAGGGCAAUGGCCUGAGUGGAAAAGGAAUGAUGUCAUGGCUCUUGUCUGUCCAAUGACAACUUCCAGCCCUAGGGUCUUUACACUAAGCUCUAUCCCCAGCCUUUUUUAUGUUUUAUUUUGAGACACGGUCUCUCUAAGUCACCAUGUUACCCAAGCUGGGCUUGCACUUAUCCUCCUGCAUCAGCCUCCCAGAGCGCCUGGCACCACCAUGCCUGGCACAUCCAGCUCUCUUUCUGCUUCAGACACCACCAAAUAUUUAGCAACCAUUUUAUUUCGAUAUCCUCCUUUAUGGGAAGGGAGAGGCAGUUUGAGAUGUUUUCAGAAUUUCUCUUUGAAAUUGAAAAACCGAAACUGAGAACAAUUAUUAUUUUACCUAGACUUCUGUUUGAUACCUUCAUUAAAACACAGCAAGGGUUAGGUCUCCUGGUUUAGAAUUCUUACAGCUUUGUAUGUGGAAUGAAUUGUAUAAUGAUUGUUUUGAAUGUUGGAUUUCUGCUCCUUCUUUGUUACACAUGCUGGAUUUGUCUUUAGAAAACCAAGGAUUUACACAUGCUGGAUUUGUCUUUAGAUUAUGAAUACCAAGGAAGUCAUGUCAUAUUCCAAUACAGUAGAGUUUUGUCUGAAUGAUUGAUAUGGUACCACUAGUAAAUUUUUUAUCACUAAUAAAUUUUUAUAUGCUUCUUUUAAAAAAUAAAUUUUACUUUUAAAAAUAG